AUGGACAUAUUGACUUUUACUUCUCCUCUGACUCUCACUGCUAUGAGUUUGGAGCGUUACGUUGCCAUCUGCAUGCCCCUGCGACACUCGAGCUCUCCAGCGUUCCCAGAUCUUUCCACAACAGAAGUGUUUAUCAUUAACAACUGGCAAAAUGAUCUGAACGUAGUUAUGACUAACAUGUACUUUGUGGUAAUGUUCUGUGCCAUUUUAUUUAGUUAUGUCAAAAUAACUCAAGCUGCAAAACAUGCAACCUCUGCUGAUAGUAAAUCAGCUGCACGAGGUUUGAAAACUGUGAUGUUGCAUGGAGUGCAGAUGCUGCUCUCACUGGUCCAGCUGUGGUGUCCGUUUGUUGAGGAGGCUUUAUUAGAUGUCGAUAUAUAUGUUUACAUGGAAGUCAGGUAUUUUAAUUAUGUUGUAUUUAUGCUUUCCCCACGAUGCUUAUGUCCACUUGUAUACGGGCUGAGAGAUAAAAAGUUGUUUAUGGCUUUGAAACAUGCAUUUUGUGCACUUAAGAAGGUUUCGCCACAGAAUAUAUGAACAAGGUUUAUGUUCAUGUUUAUAAUGUCACAUCUUCUUAAUAUACUGUAUUUUAAAAAGUAUACUUGUUUAAUGUAUUGUUAUCUUUUUACUUUGAGUUUUAAUUGCUUCACUAAGAAAAAACAUCUGGAUAUGUCCUGGUCAAUAACAGCUCUGACAAGAAAAUAAAUAUACUCUGACAGGAGCUUGUACAGACCAUACUGGCAAAAACCAGUGCUACUUUAUUUAUCAUGUUUAUCUUACUGCAAAUGUGUGUUUAUUGUUAAGAUUGCUAUGGCUUAGUUUUGCUACUUUGUACAAACGAUUGCAUUGCAUUUGCAAAUCAUUUCAUUUCUCAUUAUUGUUAACAUUAUACAUGUCUAUAUGUUUGUUAAAAUAUUUGUUAAAAAUCACAGACAUGAUGUUAGGUGAAGCAGAACAUUAAAGUUCAUGAA